AUGGCCGAAGACAAACGCGAUGUUCAGAUCUCCAAAUCGCUGGCCUACCUUCUUCGCCACGGUGCUGUUAAGGAGGGCCUUCCAAUAGACAACAACGGUUACGUCGCUGUCGACAUUUUACUGCAGCACAACAGACUGAAAAGCUUGCAUUGCAAAAUGUCAGACAUCGAUCGAGUAGUCGCUAACAACGCAAAGAAACGGUUUCACAUCCAGUCUGUAAACGGACAAGCACUCAUAUGUGCCACGCAGGGCCACUCUUUGAAGUCGGUGUCUCCCUCGGACGAAGUUCUUCAGAAAAUCAGCUCCCAAGAACAGCUUCCAUCGAAGCUGGUCCAUGGCACUAACUUCAACAGCCUGCAUCUUAUUCUCCAGUCUGAAUGCAUUAAGAAAAUGCGCCGAAAUCACAUCCAUUUGGCCUCAGGUAUUACUGGCUUGGACGACGGUGUGGUUAGUGGGAUGCGGCUAUCCAGCAACGUCUACAUUUAUCUCAACGUUGAGGAUCUGCAUAGCAAGAUAAAGCUGUUUAAGUCCCUCAAUGAUGUAUAUCUGACUCCUGACGAUAUACCAAUCGACCUUGUUCGACAAGUCGUAUUGGUGGACAGCGACAAGAAUGGGCCUGCAAUUCAAGAAUUAGAACCAAUACUGGAGAAUCGCAAGAUAAAUUACCGCAGGAUCAAGCGUGGAGAAGCGCACUUUGAGAGUUGA